AGAUCCGACUGUGACGUCUCGCAAGCUACGGCGGGACUCGGGCACGUUCACGUUCGGUGUCGGUCAUCUUCGCACGCGCGCGCCGCCGGCGAGCGUGCGCGCGCGCGCGGAAGUGGCCGCCAGCCAUGCAGCAAAAGCUUUGCUCUGAAGGUUCCGGUUCUUUUCACGAUGGGGAGCGCUCGUCAGGCCUCCACAGCCUGUAUGCCCAAAGGGAGUACCCGUAUGAGUACCGCGGCUUCAGCAUCACCGGAAAGCUCCCGCCGAAGAAUGGUGGUCUCACGGCAGCUCGCGGCAUGCGGCGCUCACUCAGCGACGGCAGGGACACCGCCCAAUUCCUGAUCUCCAGGAGGAGGACGAGAAGCGUGGGCACCCGUGCGCACCAGGACGAGCUUAAGCACCAGGACGAGCAUGAGGAACUGCUUGUCAGAGACAGCGAGAGAGAGAAGAUUGGGACCUCGGACAGGUCGCCAGAUCAUUACAGGGGUUUUCAUUUGGGACAGGAUCUCGGCGUGGACGUGGGCCCGGACUGGAAUGCAGAGGCGCUCGGACAGGGCUGUUGUUCGGGCCCAGACACCACCUGGUGCUUGCUCGCGGCGCCGCACGGAGGCCUGGCCGCCAGCACCAUUGAUGGCAUUGGCACUGGGGGUUCCCCACAGCGGCGGCUGGCUCGCGUCAGGACGGAGCUGGCGCAGGCGCAAACGCGGCUGCUGUGCGAGCGCGCCCACACACAGCAUCUGUCUCGCGAGAGGCAGGAAGUGGCGGAGAAGGAGCGGUCACUGAGCCGGCAGGUGGACGUGGCAGUCAUGGUGAUCGCUGCCCUCAAGGAGCAGAUCAACGCUUCCGAAAACGAGCUGGAGCGACGUGAAAGGCAGGUGCUGAGCAUCCACGAGUUUCUGGAAACGGCCGCACGCCAGGAGACCAGCGGUAAGGUCCGAAUCCAAUCAUUCAUCGAGAAUCUGCUCCGACGCAUCGCACUGGCCGAGACCCUCCUGGAGGACUACCAGCGGCGGCAGACACCGGCCACCAACCGAGACAAACCUUGCAGGAUCACCAAGAGCAGGUCAGCUGGAUGUCAGCUGUCGUGCGGUGUCCACGGCAACGUGCCCGUGCAGAGGCCGUUGAGCGAGCUGAGCGAGCAGCGCGAGCAGCGCGAGCGUCUGGUGCGUUCAUCCCGUCUCUUUUGUCGACCCGAACACCGGGACGACAUUUGGAACCAGCGGCGCCGCUCAGCCGGAUACGAGGCCUAACGGCGUCAGGAGGGGGCCCUCUUCAUCACCGCAACACAAGGUCUUCUUUUUUUUUUUACAGUCGUAUGCAAAGGUUUGGGCACCCCUGGUCAUUUUCAUGAUUUUUCUUUAUCAUUGGUUGUUCGGAUCAUUGGUUGUUCGGAUCAGCAACUUCAGUUAAAUAUAUCGUACAGCAGACAAACAGUGAUUUUUGAGAAAUGAAAUGAAGUUUAUAGGAUUUACAGAACAUGUACAAUCAUCACCUAAACAAAUGUAGGCAGGUGCAUAAAUUUGGGCACCCCAACAGAAAAAUCCUCCUUUUGCAGAAAUAACAGCCUCUAAAUACGCUUCCUAUAGCUUCCAAUGAGAGUCUGGAUUCUGGUUGUAUAUAUUUUGACCAUUCUUCUUUACAAAACAUUUCCAGUUACGGGUAUUUGAGGUGGCCAGUUGCAAGUUGUUCUCCUCUUUGCAUCUUCUCUGAAGAGUGGCAACAUAGGAGCCUCAAAACAAAUGACCUGAAAACAAAGAUUGUUCAACGUCAAAGUUUAGGGGAAGGAUACAAAAAGCUAGCUCAGAGAUUUUAGCUGUCAGUUUGCACUGUGAGGAACAUAUAGUGAGGAAAUGGAAGACCACAGGCACAGUUCUAGUUAAGGCCCGGAGUGGCAGACCAAGAAAAAUCUCAGAUAAGCAGAGGCGAAGGAUGGUGAGAAUAGUCAAAGUCAAACCACAGAGCAUUUCCAAAGACCUACAAUCCAAUCUUCAUGCAGAUGGUGACACUGUGCAUUGUUCAACUAUUGCUCACUUUGUACAAGGAGAUGCUGUAUGGGAGAAUAAUGCGGCAGGAGCCUUUUCUGUACACAUGCCACAAACAGAGUCGCUUGAGGUAUGCUAAAGCACAUUUGUACAAGCCAUCUUCAUUUUGGAAUAAGGUGCUGUGGACUGAUGAAACUAAAAUGUUGUUAUUUGGACAUAGCAAGGGGCGGUAUGCAUGGAGGAAGAAGAACGCAGCAUUCCAGGACAAACACUUGCUACCCACAGUCAAAUAUGGUGGUGGUUCCAUCAUGCUGUGGGGCUGUGGGGCCAGCGCAGGUACUGGCAAUCUUGUUUAAGUUGAAGGUUGCAUUUAUUCAGCAAAUUUUUGCAAACAAUGUUCAAGAAUCAGUGACAAAGUGGAAGUUGCGCAGGGGCUGGAUACCUCAACAAGACAACGACCCCAAAGACUGCUCAAAUUCUAGUAAGAGGAACAAGUACAACGUUCUGGAAUGGCCAUCUCGGUCCCCAGACCUGAAUAUUAUUAAAAAUAUGUAGUGUGAUUUAAAGCGGGCUGUCCGUGCUCGGAAAUCAUCAAACCUGACUGAACUGGAGAUAUUUUGUCAGGAAGAAUGGUAAAAAAUACCUUUAACCAGAAUCCAGACUCUCAUUGGAAGCUAGAGGAAGUGUUUAGAGGCUGUUAUUUCUGCAAAAGGAGGAGCUACUGAAUUUUUCUGUUGGGGUGUCCAAAUUUAUGCACCUGCCUACAUUAGUUUAGCAGAUUUUUGCUAACAAUGUUCAAGAAUCAGUGACAAAGUUGAAGUUGCGCAGGGGCUGGAUACCUCAACAACUUUCUGUAAAUCCUAAAAACUUCAUUUCACUUCUCAAAUAUCACUGUUUUAUCUGCUAUAUGAUAUAUUUAACUGAAAUUGCUGAUCCGAACAACCAAUGAUUUAUGAAGGAAAAUCUUGAAAAAGAUCAGGGGUGCCCAAACUUUUGCAUACGACUGUAUAUACAUCUUAAAAACACCCAUUGCUUUGUAUUACUGCAACGGUUGUUUUUAUUUUUCAAAUCUGCUUGUCCCCACGAGGGUCGUGGGCGCGCUGGAGCCUACCUCAGCGGUUUUUGGGCAGAUUGGCAGGGAACAGACACCCUGAACCAGUUGCCAGCCAAUCGCAGGCACACGUUGACAAGCAUUGAGAUUGACAUUCACGCUUGCAAUGACAUUUAUGGGCAAUUUGUGGAGGGCUCAAUCGGCCUACCAUGCACAUAACAGAAUAAAAGAAUAAAUCACAAUUAGAUAGGGUAAAAUAUAGUCAAUAAAAUUCACCGCUGUAAAAAAUAAAUAAAUGUAACAUGGUCAAAUUGCUUUAAAAUGAUAAUGUGUUUUUGUUUCAUCAUGCGAUGGAUCAACCAAUGGCACAAAUGAUAUAAUACAAAUUAAUACAUGUUAAUUAAUGUGCAAUGUAUGUAGUUUUAUUUACGUUCUAAUUAACUAAAAAAUAUGCUCCAUUCACAUGUCAAAUUUGAAUAAUUAUGAAUAGGAAUGUAAUUGUAUUCUUGAAGUGAUUGUCAUGAUGAAACAUUGUGAACUACUCUUGGUAGAAAUAUGAAUAUUUACAACAAUGCAUUAAUAUUCACAAAGCUGUCACGUGUUGUGCAUUUAAAUCGAAAAGGCAACUUAGAGAGCUAAGAGCCCACGCUGUGUUAGAAAAGCGGAAGAGAAAAGGGCGAUAGUUUAUGAAUUCGGAUUUCACAUAGUUUAAGAUAGUUCAGCCGAGUACAGUUUACCCCACUUCAGAGUGUGUGUAAAGAAAGUAAGUUCCACACGUUUAUUGUCGGAGUGUAUAACUACCAGCCUCUUUGACUGCCAGUAUAGUGAUACAGAAUGUCCUUGAGCAUGUUUAAGAGGUAUCAUUGUGGUUCUGUGUCCGAGUGUACAACUCUCAUGUAUAUAUUGUGAUAUUUACAUGAUUCAGAGAUUAACACCCAUUAUUAUUUGUUUUACACACACGUAUACACACACACACACACACACACACACACACACAGUUGUACUGAGGCUGACAAUCUCAUUAAACAUCAAAAACCCCACGA